AAUCACACACUCUCUCUCUCUCUUUGUCUAUCUCUGUAGACCGCGUCUGUUACGGCGUCUCACCGGUGUUGACGGUGGCCGGAGAAUACGGCGGAGGCGAGUCCCGGCGAUUGUUGGUGCGGUGGGGUUCUGUGUCAUUUGACCGGCGGCCGUGGUGGUGGUUUUCGUGUUGAAGGAUAUAGAAAGUGGUGUGCAUGUGGAAGUGGCGGGAGUUUGUGGGGAUAACGAAUAGGAAGAAGGCGUUUAAACGGAGGCGUGUUUGGAUGGAUUAAGUGGAGUGGGGGAUCACCGGCGGCCAUGAUGGAGAGGAAGUUGGUGUUUGGCGUGGCGGUCGGCGUGGCGGUGGGGGCUUGUGUGGUGGCGGCGAUUGUGGUGGGACGGAGAGUGAAGAGUAGGAGUAAGUGGAAGAGAGUGGUUAGGGUUUUGGAAGAGUUUGAGGUGGCUGGUGAUACUCCUGUGAGGAGAUUGAGGCAAGUGGUUGAUGCUAUGGCGGUUGAAAUGCAUGCUGGAUUAGCCUCUGAAGGUGGUUCUAAGCUUAAAAUGCUACUCACAUAUGUCGAUAAUCUGCCUAAUGGGAGCGAGAAGGGAACCUUUUAUGCUCUGGAUCUUGGGGGCACUAAUUUUAGGGUGUUGAGAGUUCAUCUGGGUGGCCAGAGGUCUCUUAGUUUGGAACAUGAUGUGGAGCGGCAGCCAAUUCCCGAACAUUUAAUGACUGGCACUAGCGAGGAUCUCUUUGAUUUUAUUGCUUCGUCGCUGAAGGAUUUCGUCGAGAAAGCUGAUGAUCCUGAUCGGUUGGCAGCUAGAAGAAAGGAACUUGGAUUUACAUUUUCCUUUCCUGUUAAACAUGCAUCUGCUUCAUCUGGGGUGUUGAUUAAAUGGACUAAAGGAUUUUCCAUUGAAGACAUGGUUGGACAAGAUGCUGCAGAAUUGUUACAACAAGCAAUUGAUAGGAUUGGACUGGAUAUGAGGGUAUCGGUACUGAUUAACGACACUGUGGGAACGUUAGCUGUUGGUCACUAUCAAGAUCCCGACACCGUUGCCGCAGUUAUAAUUGGCACUGGCACGAAUGCUUGCUAUCUUGAACGUACUGAUGCCAUUAUUAAAUGCCAGGGGCUCCUUACAACAUCUGGGAGCAUGGUCAUCAACAUGGAAUGGGGAAACUUUUGGACUUCUCAUUUACCAAGAACUACUUACGAUAUCGAUUUGGAUGCGGAUAGCCCCAAUCCCAACGAGCAGGGCUUUGAGAAAAUGAUAUCGGGUAUGUAUCUUGGCGAUAUCGUUAGAAGAGUGAUUCUGAGGAUAUCACAAGAAUCUGAUGUUCUAGGCCCUGCUUCUACCAGGUUAUUGAUGCCCUUCAUUUUGAGAACACCAUCGAUGGCUGCGAUGCACGAGGAUAGCUCCCCAGAUUUAACAGAAGUAGCACGGAUUUUAGAAGACAUCUUGGAGAUCACUGAUACACCCUUAAAGGUUCGAAAGCUGGUAGUGAAAAUAUGCGACAUUGUGACACGACGAGCUGCUCGCUUGGCAGCCGCUGGUAUUGUGGGCAUCCUGAAGAAGAUAGGGCGAGACGGGAGCAGUGGAAUCGCUGGAGGAAGAAGUAGAACCGACGUCAAACUUAGACGAACAGUUGCAAUUGAGGGAAGUUUAUACACAAGCUAUACAAUGUUCAGAGAAUAUCUACAUGAAGCUUUGGUUGAAAUACUGGGAGAGGAGAUAGCCCCACACGUAAUUUUAAAGGCGACCGAAGAUGGGUCGGGUAUCGGAGCAGCACUACUUGCAGCUUCCUAUUCAUCGUAGAUUCGGCAUCUCUGGAUAAAACACGUAAAAUCUCUACAAAAACUCACACAUAUCUGAAUAUAUAUAAUAGAUCCAGUAUAGAAAAAGUAUUGAUAUAUACACAAAAUGAUUAUAGGUUUGCCUUAGCUUGUACAUUUAGCGAUUCAUUUCAAUAUUUGAUUAUGUAUAAAGAAGGCUGUCCAUAUGUUCUUUUUACUCCUUGGCAUUGUUCAAAGGUUCCAGUGCUGACUGCUGAUGAUUCUAUUGCAUUGUUUUGUUAUAUAUAUUCAUUGCAGCA